AUGUCUUUCAGAUCCUUUGGUGUGACGUAUAAAGGUCAGCAGUGUUCCCUUUCUCUUUGUGUGACCUUCUUUUCUCUUCCUCACUGUGACCGAGCUCAAUCACACAUUUGCCCCAGUUGACUAGACACACACACGCGACGCGAAACGCAAACGAGUUGGGCUAGAGUGAAGGCAGAGACGUGUUUGUGGGCAGAGACGCAGAGGAUGGAGAGAAUCUGCCAACAUCGCAUUCUUUCCUUAACUUGAGACUUCCCUUUUUCUGUAGUUCGCGUUGGUUUCGUAAUUAUCGUUGUGCUUUCUCUUUUUUUGGCAUUUUGUUCUACUUUUAAAAAUAAUUUUCCAUCAAAAAAGUAAGAAUUUACAUAAAAACAUUUCGAUUUAUUGCAUUCGGAUGAAAUUUCAAAAAAACUUUUCCAUUUUAAAAGCUAUCUUCUUUUUUAGUGUUUGAAAAAUUAUUAAUUAUGGAUUUUUUCAGGCUCAUUAAUUUCUUUCAUCAAACCUGUUAGCAAAAUGAAGUCGGUAUGUUUUGUUUAUGUUUUAUCUUACUAGUCAAUAAUCUUAUUUUCAGUAUAUUGUUGUUCAAGCGAACGAUCGAGUUGUCAAAGUCACUGCUGAUGAUGAUGGAAAAGUUAGCAAAGAAACUCUUCGCUCUGCUUUCCAACUUGAAGCUGAUUUACCGAUUGGUCUAUUCAGGGGCGGCAUAGCUUUAAAGUAAGUUUUUGAAGGUUUUGUUAAGAUACUACGGUUUUCCGUUAGCAAUUUUAAAUAAAAUUUUGAACAAACUUUUAAUGUAAAAUUUUAGAUGUCGACAGGAUUUAUUCGAGUUGGAAAAUGAUUGGGUCGGCAAGGAGUUCGAGUUACAAUGGGAAGAAGCCCGAAGAUCGCGGCCAGCCACACCGAUGUCUGUGGAAUUGGAAAAAGUUGAACGUAUGAUAUAUUUCUAAUAAAUGCUUGAAAACAAUAAUUUAGGAACCCAGAAAAUAAUCAAUGAAUGGGAGGACCGAGUCUUCAUGGUGUCUGGCGAUGCUAUGCAAGGCACUGGAAUCUUAAUAUCGCAUCAACAAAUUUUAACCGCUGCACAUCUCCGCUUCAAGAUCGACAAGAAUUAUACCAUCCGAGGAACAAAUGAUCGUUGCUUCUGUGCCAAAUGCGAAUUUAUUUCGAAAAAAUAUGAUUUUGCUGUGCUCAAGUCGACGGAUUUGCCUGAAUGCGGAACGCCAAUCGAUCAACUUUAUCGAGGAAACAAAUACGUGACUAUGGUAUGACUUUAUUUUUGAGUUUAUAAAAUUUGCAGAAAAUCUCUAUUUUUAAUAUUAUUAACUAUUUUUUUUAGGGGUAUCCCAAUGGCAUUGUGAGUUCAAAACCGUCUGUUGCAAAAGGGAUUAUGGAAGGAAUGAUGGACGAUCAAAUUCACUUAAGUAAGAAUGAUUAUGCUUCAUUUAUUUAUUAUCAUUAUUUUUAAUAAUUCAUCAUGAUAAAACAAAUUGUUUAGUUGGGUUUCCUGGAUCGAGACGUGGUUAUUCUGGAGCGCCGAUUAUCAACAGCUCAGGAUGUUUGACGGGGAUUUUACUCGGUGGUGCACCCGGUGUGCAUAUUGACACAACGAUUCGUGAGUGUCUGGAGUCAUCGGCGGAACAGAAAUAUGCUCGCAUUUUGGGAAUCGCUGUCGUCCACACCGUCCACAAUCAAGGUUUGGUUUAAUUGAUUUUAAAUAAAAUUUAUUUUAAUUUUUUAGGAUGUUCGGACAAGGAAAGUUAA